AUGGAUCAGUGUGAGGACGUGACAGUUCCUCCGGAACACAAGAGAGGACGAGAAGCUCAGAGCAAUCAGCCUCAAACACAUGACGAUGUGACGUCUGAGGACCAGGAUGACUCCAGGAGUGACAGCUAUACAGUAAAAAUGUGGUUGAAGGACACUUUAGAGGAUUUGGACUCCAGUGGGCUGGAGGAAUUCCAGUGGUACCUGGUGAAUGCAGAUGAAUCAAAGGAUGGUUUCAACCCGAUCAAACUGUGUCAUCUGGAGCAUGCGAACAGAUUGAAGACAUCAUGGGUCAGCAGGGUGAAGACGAGGGGGCUGAAAACACAUCCUUGGGGCGCCCCCGUGCUCACAGUGACGGUGCUGGAUGUGAUGUUGGUGACCCGUACUGCCUGUGGUUUCCUGGUCAGGAAGUCCAGGAGCCAGUUGCACAGCGAGGUGCUGAGUCCCAGCCGCUCCAGUACAUUAGUUGAAGUUUGUAAAACGCAGCUGAAGUCUAAGCUGCAGAAGAAGCACCAGCAUGUGUUUAAGGGGAUCACUAAAGCAGGAAAGAAAACCCUUCUGGAGCAGAUCUACACGGAGCUCUACAUCACAGAGGGAGGGACCGGAGAGGUCAACGAUGAACAUGAAGUCAGACAGAUUGAAGCAGCUUCCAGCAAACCAGGCAGAGCAGAAACAGCCAUCAGACAGGAAGACAUCUUUAAACCCCCACCUGGAACAGCUGAACAAAUCAGAACAGUAAUGACGAAGGGAGUGGCCGGCAUCGGGAAAACAGUCCUAACACAGAAGUUCAGUCUGGACUGGGCUGAAGGCAGAACCAACCAGGACAUCCAGUUCCUCCUUCCAUUCACCUUCAGACAGCUGAAUAGGCUGAAAGAGGAGAAAUUCAGCUUGGUGGAACUAGUUCAUCACUUCUUCUCUGAAACCAGAGGAAUCUGCAGCUUUGAAGAGUUCCAGGUCACGUUCAUCUUUGACGGUCUGGAUGAGUUUCGACUUCCUCUGGACUUCCACAACUCUAAAUUCCUCAGUGACCCCAGAAGGUCCACCUCAGUGGACGUGCUGCUGACAAACCUCAUCAGGGGGAACCUGCUUCCUUCUGCUCGUCUCUGGAUCACCACACGACCCGCAGCAGCCAAUCAGAUCCCUCCUGAGUGUGUCUCCAUGGUGACGGAGGUCAGAGGGUUCACUGACCCACAGAAGGAGGAAUACUUCAGGAAGAGGUUCAGAGAAGAGGAGCAGACCAGCAGGAUCAUCUCCCACAUCAAGACAUCACGGAGCCUCCACAUCAUGUGCCACAUCCCAGUCUUCUGCUGGAUCACUGCUUCGGUCCUGGAGAAAGUCCUGCAGACCAGAGAGGGAGGGGAGCUGCCCAAGACCCUGACUGAGAUGUACAUCCACUUCCUGGUGGUCCAGGCCAAACUGAAGAAGUCCAAGUAUGAUGGAGGAACUGAGACGGAUCCACACUGGAGUCCAGAGAGCAGGAAGAUGGUGGAGUCUCUGGGAAAACUGGCUUUUGAGCAGCUGCAGAAAGGAAACCUGAUCUUCUAUGAAUCAGACCUGAGAGAGUGUGGCAUCGAUGUCAGAGAGGCUUCAGUGUACUCAGGAGUGUUCACCCAGAUAUUUAGAGAGGAGAGCAACCUGUACCUGGACCAGGUCUUCUGCUUCAUCCAUCUGAGUGUCCAGGAGUUUCUGGCUGCUCUUCAUGUCCACCAGACCUUCAUCAAGUCUGGAGUCAACCUGCUGGAGGAACAACAGUGGUUCUUCUGGUGGUUUAAGACUGACUUCUAUCAGGCAGCUGUGGACAAGGCCUUACAGAGUCCCAACGGACACCUGGACUUGUUCCUGCGCUUCCUCCUGGGUCUUUCACUGGAGACCAAUCAGAACCUCCUACGAGGUCUGAUGGAACCAAAACAAAGGAGUUCACAGAACAAUCAGAAAACAGUUGAAUACAUCAAGAAGAAGAUCAGUGAGGAUCUGUCUGCAGAGAGAAGUAUCAACCUGUUCCACUGCCUGAAUGAACUGAACGAUGGUUCUCUGGUGGAGCAGGUCCAACGGUCCCUGAGGUCUGGAAGUCUCUCCACAGAUUAUCUGUCUCCUGCUCAGUGGUCGGCUCUGGUCUUCAUCUUACUGUCAUCAGAAGAAGAUCUGGAGGUGUUUGACCUGAAGAAGUUCCGAGCUUCAGAGGCGGCUCUACGGAGGCUGCUGCCGGUGGUCAAAGCCUCCAAGAAAGUUGUGCUGUCAGGCUGUCUGAUCUCAGAGGAAGGAAGUUCUUCUCUGGUCUCAGCUCUGACCUCCAAUCCCUCCCACCUGAGAGAGCUGGACCUGAGUAACAACGACCUGCAGGAUUCUGGACUGGAGCAGCUGUGUCCUGGACUGGAGAGUCCACACUGUCACCUGGAGUCUCUCAGGUUGAGUGACUGUUACCUCUCAGGGAACAUCUGUCCACUUCUGUCCUCAGUUCUCAGCUCUCAGUCCUCCAGUCUGACAGAACUGGACCUGAGCAACAACGACCUGCAGGAUUCUGGACUGGAGCAGCUGUGUCCCGGACUGGAGAGUCCACACUGUCACCUGGAGUCUCUCAGGCUGUCAGGCUGUCUGAUCUCAGAGGAAGGAAGUUCUUCUCUGGUCUCAGCUCUGACCUCCAAUCCCUCCCACCUGAGAGAGCUGGACCUGAGCUACAACCAUCCAGGAGAGUCAGCAGGGAAGCUUCUGUCUAGAGUGGAGGAUCCCCGCUGGAGACUGGACACUCUCAGGGUGGAGCCUGCUGGACAACGAUGGCUGACACCAGGUCUGAGGAAGUAUUCCUGUCAACUCACCGUCGAGACAAACACAGUCAACAACGACAUCAAACUGUCUGACAACAACAGGAAGAUGACACAUAUGUGGGAAGAGGAUCAGUCAUAUCCUGAUCAUCCAGACAGCUUUGAUGUUUAUCCUCCUCAGCUGCUGUGUAGAGAAGUUCUGACGGGUCGCUGUUACUGGGAGGUCCAGAGGAACGGAGAAGUUUCUGUAUCAGUGAGUUACAGAAGAAUCAGGAACAAAGGAAACUCUUAUGACUGUAGGUUUGGAAUGAACGAUCAUUCCUGGAGUCUGGACUGUUAUGAUGGUGGUCGGUACCGUGUCUGGCACAAUAUCAGAGAAACAUCUUCCUCUUCCUCAGUCUCUGACAGAGUAGCGGUGUACGUGGACGUUCCUGCUGGAACUCUGUCCUUCUACAGUGUCUCCUCUGACAGACUGAUCCACCUCCACACCUUCAACACCACCUUCACUGAACCUCUCUAUCCUGGGUUCUUGAUUGGUCCUGGUUCUUCAGUGUCUCUGUGUUGAGUUCAGUCUCCAGAGUCUCCUCCUGUCAGAGAAACUGUCUCUGUUGGACAGAUAGUUGAGUCUGUACACGUCUGUCUCUGUUUCCACCAGAACACCUGAAUCACACGUUGGUGAAACUGUUCUGAAUGAUUCCUUGGAAACUUCUUCCUCUUCCGGUCCUUUAAAGGUGAAGCUGCCGUUAUUCCAGGAUCCACAUGUUGUUCUUCUGUCUGUUUCCAGUCAGAGCUUCACGGUGAACAGCAGCAUGUUGUUUCUCUGCAGCUCAGUUCAGCUCAGAUCAUUCACUUCAUGUUCAGCUGCAGGUAGUUUGCUGCACAUGUGACCAACUGUGAUGUCAGAGAGGAAUCACUGAGCUGCAAUCAGCCCAGAUGAAGUUACAACCUGCUGACAGAUGUGAGCACAAGGUUGCUGUGCAGCCAGGGUUCAUCCUGCUCUUUAUUCACACCACUUCCU